UAGAUGUUUGAUGGUGGCCACUAUAGCAGCGAUGAUGAUGACGAUGAACUUCAUCUGUAUGGCAAUGUAGAUGCACCAGCUCAAGAUGUCGCAGUCGAAAAUGUUAUUGACGAGGAUUCUGCGGAUGAAUUGGCUGCCUUGGAUGCUGCUGUUAACCAUAAUAUCCGAAAUGGCGUCAGACAGUUCCUCCGAAUCUUAAGCAGAAGGGUUAGUGCUGGCAAUCGCGCUAUCAAUGUUGACGGGCAUGAUUCUUCUGAUGAAACAGGCGAUGAAGAUGAAGAGCCCGAGCAGGAAACACACGAGGGCGAACCUAAUAGGAAUUUUGACGUGCAUGAAUCUUCAAAGCAUCAGUAUUUGUUCAAACCAGCGCAUGCCUCAGAAGAAGUUGAUAUGGGAGCUACGAUGUGGCUUCAGCCUGGGAAGGAACACCUUGUACCCUUCAUAAGUUGGGAUUUGGUUGUGUUACCAGGUCAGAUGAUACCCAUGCAAAUUCAAAAUACCGUUGCUCGUGCAAUUGUACAGAGAGCUAUUGAUGCAAGAAGCUAUUUGGGGUUGUUACCCGUCAUACCGGGCGAAUCACUCCUCGGGAAGGAUCGCUAUGGUAUAUUGUUGCAGGUCAAUAAGUACGUAAGUGAUCAUCAUGCAAUGAAACUUCACGCUAUAGGACGCCAACGGUUUCGGGUAAUUACCUUAGAGAACGCUAAUUCUAGCACAGCUGUAGCCCGAGUUGAGGUAUUGAAUGAGACUACGCGUAUACCUUUGUUACAAGCUAUCUGUCCACCGAAUGCUUGGAAGUCGCCUGAAGAAACGAAACUUGCCAUUUGUUCAGAAGUUUCGAAUAUCCCAUCUUUCGUUGUGGAUGACGCGAAUCUGGACAAACAAUGUCAGCGAUUAGGGAAUUGGAUGAAAAUGUGGUUUUCGAGUGAAAAAAUACAGGGUGCUCUGGAUCUGGGUCCUAUCAGUUUCAGUUACUGGGCUGCUCGCAAUAUUCCAAUGACCAUGUCCACAAAGUAUGAGCAUUUAGUCGAGGACGAAGCGAAUCUACGAAUUGCUAGCCUUUUGAAUCUCAUUGAUCAAAUGACCGACUUGGUCUGCCGUGGAUGUGGACUGCUAAUAUGCAGUAUUCGAGACAUCGUAAAUAUGAAUAGUGAAGGGACAAGCUCCUUAUUUGUAAAUAGCUCUGGUUAUAUACACGAAAUGGUGACUGUAUCAGUCGCCCAAAAUUUCGUACCCCGCGAUCAACCUUGCGCGAAGUUCAGCUGGUUUCCAGGGUACAAAUGGCAAAUCAUUGAGUGCCGGUUUUGCAUGGAUCAUCUAGGCUGGGAAUUUACUUCGCGUCGCUACAAUCCUGCGAAGUUCUAUGGCAUAACAAGAAAAGCUGUGGUGCCUAAAAAGGCGUCCGCAGAAAGCCAGGAAGAGCAUGUUUAG